UUAUUUUUAAUACUGAACAUAUUUUAUGAAAAGAGGUCGACCAGCUGAAGUUGUAGAAUCAUGUUUAAAAUGUUCUGAACAUUGGCAGUAUGUGCAAAGGUUUUCAUUAACUGAAAAUAUGAGGGUUCAGAUAGGAGAAGAGGAAUUUUCUCAAUGGCUUCUAAAGCUUGGAAGUGGAACUUUACCUGUCAAGCCUGAAGAUCCUUUGCGAGGGUGUAUUGAAAUACCUGAGCAGUGCUUUGUAAACGAUAAUGAAUCUAUUGUGGAAAAGAUCUUUGGUGGCACAGAGGAAGCUGAUUAUGCUAAUUGUGCUAUUUUAACACCAACAAAUGUUGAUUCAUUGGCAAUAAAUGAAGAAGUCCUUGAUCGUUUACCUGGUGAUACUAAAAUUUACUAAAGUUCAGAUAGCAUUGAAACUGAUGAUCAUAAUGAAAUUUAUAAUUUUCCAGUCAAGUUUUUAAAUAGUUUGACUCCAUCAGGUAUGCCUGUUCAUUGCCUAAAAUUAAAAAUUGGUGCUGUUGUAAUGCUACUUAGAAAUUUAGAUCUUAAAGGCGGACUUUGUAAUGAAACACGUUUGAUGGUACGUGCACUGCACAACAAUUAUAUUGAUGGACAGGUUCUAACAGGGGUAGCAGCUGGUAACAGGAUCUUAGUUCCUCGAGUUCAAUUAGCUCCAUCGGAUUCAAAUUUACCCUUUAUACUCAAACGUCGUCAGUUUCCAGUUAGGUUAGCAUACUCAAUGACCAUAAACAAAAGUCAAGGUCAAACUUUUGACAAAGUUGGAGUUUAUCUUAAAAAGCCUUGCUUUUCACACGGUCAAUUAUAUGUUGCAUGUUCAAGAACAAGAUCGUUUAAUAGUUUAUUUUUUAAAGUUGAUAAACAUUCAUUACAAGUUUAAUUGUUAUAAAAAUCAACUUUACUUUUGGGUUCCAAAUAAAUAUACGACCUUCUACGAACCAAAUAUUAUGUCAAAACUGUCUAUUUCGAAUCAGUGAAGUGAUUUUGCAACGAACCAAGUUGUGAAGUCUUUAACAUUAAAUCAAAUAUAUUCACAAAAAAAAUUUUGUUGUUUAUAUUUGUUUAUAAAAACAUUUUUAAAAAUUUAAAAAC